AUGGCCCGUCCAUGCUACGUGUAUCUCAAGCUGAAGAUGCCCGGGCCCAAAGGUGUGACCACGGUCACUGGGAACAGACAAAGAGCAGAAGAAUGCCUCCAGAAGGGGUCCAAGAUUGCUGACGAUCAAAUGGCAGUGGUGGAGCUAGAAGAAUACAAGAAGAAUGCUGAUCCGAGUGAUUUGCUCCAUUCCAAGAAGCCUACUUCUGAAUCUGCAUUUCUGUCGGCCGGCGAGACGAAACCAGUCCACAUUCACCCAGAAGAUCCCAUAGCUGCUCCGACCCACAUCUCAACAACACUCGACAGUAAAUAG